GGAGCACUUGGGUGCAGAGCCAGGCGCGAAGGUCUUGAGUCAGAGCACCGGCUUUGGGGACCCUGGACCACUAUCAUGGAGACGGAGAGUGAGCAGAACUCCAACUCCACCAAUGGGAGCUCCAGCUCUGGGGGCAGCUCUCGGCCCCAGAUAGCUCAGAUGUCACUGUAUGAACGGCAGGCGGUGCAGGCUCUGCAGGCACUGCAGCGUCAACCCAACGCGGCUCAGUAUUUCCACCAGUUCAUGCUCCAGCAGCAGCUCAGCAAUGCCCAGCUGCAUAGCCUGGCUGCGGUCCAGCAGGCCACGAUUGCUGCCAGUCGGCAGGCCAGCUCCCCAAACACCAGCACGGCACAGCAGCAGACUACCACCACCCAGGCCUCAAUCAACCUGGCCACCACGUCGGCCGCCCAGCUCAUCAGCCGAUCCCAGAGUGUGAGCUCUCCCAGUGCUACCACUUUGACCCAAUCUGUGCUACUGGGGAACACCACCUCCCCACCUCUCAACCAGUCCCAGGCCCAGAUGUAUCUACGGCCACAGCUGGGAAACCUAUUGCAGGUAAACCGGACCCUGGGCCGGAAUGUGCCUCUAGCCUCCCAACUCAUCCUGAUGCCUAACGGGGCAGUGGCUGCGGUCCAGCAGGAGGUGCCAUCUGCUCAGUCUCCGGGAGUUCAUACAGAUGCAGAUCAGGUGCAGAAUUUGGCAGUGAGGAACCAACAGGCCUCAGCCCAAGGACCCCAGAUGCAAGGCUCUACUCAGAAGGCCAUUCCUCCUGGAGCCUCCCCUGUCUCUAGCCUGUCCCAGGCCUCUAGCCAGGCCCUCGCUGUGGCUCAGGCUUCCUCUGGGGCCUCGGGCCAGUCCCUCAACCUCAGUCAAGCUGGUGCAGGCAGUGGGAGUAGCAUCCCCGGGUCUGUGGGGCCAGGCGGAGGUGGCCAGGCACCUGGGGCCUUGGGUCAGUUGCCUUCCUCAGGAAUGGGUGGGGGUGGGAGCUGUCCCAGGAAGGGCACAGGAGUGGUGCAGCCCUUGCCCGCAGCCCAAACAGUGACUGUGAGUCAGGGAAGCCAGACAGAAGCAGAAAGUGCAGCAGCCAAGAAGGCAGAAGCAGAUGGGCCUGGUCAGCAGAAUGUGGGCAUGAACCUGACACGGACAGCUACACCUGCUCCCAGCCAGACCCUUAUUAGCUCAGCCACCUACACGCAGAUCCAGCCCCACUCCCUGAUUCAGCAGCAGCAGCAGAUCCACCUGCAGCAGAAGCAGGUGGUCAUCCAGCAGCAGAUUGCCAUCCACCACCAGCAGCAGUUCCAGCACCGGCAGUCCCAGCUCCUGCACACGGCCACGCACCUCCAGCUGGCCCAGCAGCAGCAGCAGCAGCAGCCCCCACCGCCCCCGCCCCCGCCCCCCCCGCCUCCCCCGCCGGCCACCCCCCUCCCUGCCCCUCAGCCGCCGCAGGGCCCGCCUACGCAGCAGGUCCCACCUUCCCAGUCCCCGCAGCAAGCCCAGACCCUGGUGGUUCAACCCAUGCUUCAGUCUUCACCCUUGUCCCUCCCGCCUGACCCAAUCCCCAAGCCACCCAUCCCCAUCCAGUCCAAGCCACCUGUAGCACCCAUCAAGCCUCCCCAGCUAGGCGCCACGAAGAUGUCAGCUGCCCAGCAACCACCGCCCCACAUCCCUGUGCAAGUCGUGGGCACCCGGCAACCGGGGACGGCCCAGGCGCAGGCUCUGGGGUUGGCACAGCUGGCGGCCUCCGUACCUACUUCCCGGGGGAUGCCCAAUACGGUGCAGCCUGGGCAGGCCCACUUGGCCUCCUCACCACCUUCAUCCCAGGCUCCCGGGGCACUGCAAGAGUGCCCCCCCACAUUGGCCUCUGGGAUGAGCCUGGCUCCCAUGCAGGGGACAACACAUGUGGUGAAGGCUGGGGCUACGACCUCCUCACCUGCUGUGGCCCAGGUACCUGCUGCCUUCUACAUGCAGUCCGUGCACCUGCCGAGCAAACCCCAGACACUGGCUGUCAAACGCAAGGCAGAGUCUGAGGAGGAGAGAGACGAUGUCUCCACAUUGGGUUCAAUGCUUCCUGCCAAGGCAUCUCCAGUAGCCGAGAGCCCAAAGGCCAUGGAGGAGAAGAGCAGUCUUGGAGAGAAAGUUGAACCAGUGACUGGUGUGAAUGCUAAUACUCCAAGCAGUGAACUAGUAGCCUUGGCUCCUGCCCCAUCUGCACCCCCUCCUACACUAGCCAUGGUGUCCAGACAAAUGGGUGACUCAAAACCUCCACAGGCCAUCGUGAAGCCCCAGAUUCUCACCCACAUCAUUGAAGGCUUUGUUAUCCAGGAAGGAGCAGAGCCUUUCCCGGUGGGUUGUUCUCAGUUACUGAAAGAGUCUGAGAAGCCACUACAGACUGGCCUCCCGACAGGGCCGAAUGAGAAUCAGUCAGGGGGCCCCUUGGGAGGGGACAGCCCAUCUGCUGAGCUAGAUAAGAAGGCAAAUCUCCUGAAGUGUGAGUACUGCGGGAAGUAUGCUCCUGCUGAGCAGUUUCGCGGCUCCAAGAGGUUCUGCUCAAUGACCUGCGCUAAGAGGUAUAAUGUGAGCUGUAGUCACCAGUUCCGGCUGAAGAGGAAAAAAAUGAAAGAGUUCCAAGAAGCCAACUAUGCUCGCGUUCGUCGGCGUGGACCCCGCCGUAGCUCCUCUGACAUCGCCCGUGCCAAAAUCCAGGGCAAGCGCCACCGGGGUCAAGAGGACUCUAGCCGGGGUUCAGAUAAUUCCAGUUACGAUGAAGCACUCUCUCCGACAUCUCCUGGGCCUCUAUCUGUGCGAACUGGGCAUGGAGAACGUGACCUGGGGAACCCCAAUACAGCGCCACCGACGCCGGAAUUACAUGGCAUCAACCCUGUGUUCCUGUCCAGCAAUCCCAGCCGUUGGAGUGUAGAAGAGGUGUAUGAGUUUAUUGCUUCUCUACAAGGCUGCCAAGAGAUUGCAGAGGAGUUUCGUUCCCAGGAGAUUGAUGGACAGGCCCUUUUAUUACUUAAAGAGGAACAUCUUAUGAGUGCCAUGAACAUCAAGUUGGGCCCUGCCCUCAAGAUCUGCGCCAAGAUAAACGUCCUCAAGGAGACCUAAGGUGGCCCUCUUGCACAAACGAGCCGAAGGCAGACACUCUCCACUGUCCAGGUUAUAACCUGGUACCAGCAGACUCUACAGGGAAGAAAGAGCUGUUCCAAUUACGUAAAUCUGAGAC